AUGUCUUUAGCCCGUGGUGAGCUGGUUGAUUUUCCUCCCCACAAUGAGGCUCAGCACGAAGCAGGCAGAGGGCCCUGGAAUUCCUCCAUCACUGGCUUUAUCCUCACUAGCCUUUUCAAUGAGAGCCAGACACACCUGUUCCUGUUCAGCAUGGUAGUAUUGGUCUACAUCCUUGCUAUGGCUGCCAACACUGCCAUGUUCCUUCUGAGCUGGACUGAUGCCCAGCCCAACAUGCCCAUGUACUUACUUCUCAGCCACCUAUCCUUUCUGGACAUCUUCUUUACAUCAGUCACUGUCUCCAGGAUGAUAGUGGGUUUCCUCUUCGGUUGGACGAGCAUCUCCUUUGGGGGAUGUGGAGCACAAAUGUUUUCCUUCAUGUUCCUGGGAGCCGCAGAAUGACUCCUGCUGGCCGUUAUGGCUUACGACCGCUACGUAGCCAUCUACAACCCUCUGCGCUACCAAGUGCUCAUGAGUCGCUGGGUCUGCCUGCUUAUGGGCAUGGGCUCCUGGCUGGGUGGGUCUCUCAGUGCCUCAAUCCAGACCUCACUGACCCUUCAUUUCCCCUAUUAUGGCUCACGGAAGAUAUCCCACUUCUUCUGUGAAGUGCCCUCACUUCUCACGCUGGCCUGUGUAGUCACAGAGGCCUAUGGGCGGGUGCUCUUUGUGACAGGUGUGGUGGUCCUCCUGGUGCCCAUCACCUUCAUCACCACCUCCUAUGCCCUCAUCCUGAUGGCUGUGCUCCGAAUGCACUCUAUGGAGGGGCAUCAAAAGGUCAUGGGCACAUGUUCCUCCCACCUGAGAGUUGUCAACCUCUUCUAUGGGCCUCUUGUCUAUACCUAUAUGUUACCUGCAUCAUACCACUCUCCUGGUCUGGAUGAUGUAGUGUCUGUCUUCUAUACUGUUCUCACUCCCAUGCUUAACCCUGUCAUCUAUAGCCUCAGGAACAAGGAAGUAACAGGGGCAAUGAAGAAGGCAAUAGGAAAGUGUGAAGUCAGUAGGAAUGUCUAA